CGAAGUCAAGAGGUUAACGUAGACGUCAGAGGUACUUUUCAACAACACUUACAACUAAUUACCCUCUGAUUUAAUUUCACGUCUCCUUCCAAGGACCUGCAAUGAAACUUGUCUUUCAGCAGGAUAGCUGUAGUCCGCAUUCCUUUAACUGUCCUGAGGAGAACGAUGAAACAGUGAGUGAGGACGAUUUUCCCAGCAUCCUCCCUGAGUCCAGGACCUACCACCGGCCACACCCACACGGCCCCUCCCCCGUGGGCCGCUUGAGUGUAAUGGCGGAUGCAUCCUUCUACGGCAGCGAGCUCACCCAAUCCCAGCCCAGCAAUGGCCAACGGCAUCAGGGUCUUGGCUCAUUAGUUGGACGUGGCCCCGCCACACCCUCCCUCAGCUGGGCAGAGGGAUGUAUGAGCACCGUGGACCACCAAAAGGGGGCCUGGCUGCACCCCAGCUUUGCCAGCAGCUUUUCCCGGUACCCCAGCAGCCUGCCUCCACAUCUGCCCUCAGGAGAGUAUGCCAGCUGUUACCCUGUGAGGGGAGUCCACUCCCUCCCCAGCUCAUGCAGCCCCAGUCUGGAGCAGCCACGUUCUCUGCACUCCUUCCCCCCAAACGCUGCAGCCCCACUCAACUACCUUCUGCCUCCCUAUCCCUGCUCCUCCCAUGGCCCCGCCUGCUGCUCCCGGGGUCCUGUGGAGCGUUUUGGGAUGGGCCCCUUUCCCCGACACCUGUCCUGCGGGGCCUCUGGUCCUUAUCCCUGUGGAUGCCCACAACCAGGCUGUACACAGAGGAGAAUUAGAGGGUUUCUGAUGUGUCGUCUAUCCCAUAGUGGGUACCCCCAUCCGCACCUGAGACAGAACAUCAGUCCAUACAGCAUGCCACUGUCCCAAGAGCACCGCAAGGUGUUUGUCACGUAUGAGGCAGACAGCGACGGCCAUGUCAACGAGAUAAUCAAGUUUGUGGCCUUGCUGCGGCACAACGGCUUUGACACACGUAUCGAUGUAUUCGAGCAGCAGUUCCGAAGCAUUAGCAAAAUUGACUUCAUGGAGAAGUUCAUCAGGGAGAAAGACUACCUGAUCAUCAUAGUCAUCAGCCCUAAGUACUACGAGACUGUGACGGGUGGCCUUGUCAGCACAGAGAAUGAUGAGAGGGCCCUGAACACAGUGUACAUUCAUAAGCAGCUGCAGAAUGAGUUCAUUCAAAAUGGCAGCAGAAACUUCCGGUUCAUCCCAAUCCUGUUUCCUGGUGCCAAAAAGACCCACGUACCCACCUGGCUCCAGAAUACCCAUGUCUACUGUUGGCCCAAGGACCGAGACGACAUCCUGCGGCGGCUGAUGCGCGUGGAGAAGUACAACCCCCCUCCCAUUGGAGAUCUUCCCACCAUCGUCUCCAUCCCUUUGUAGCGCCCCCAUCUGGUCAAGGGAUAACCCUGCAGAAGGCUGCAGACACAGGGCCUCAGACUGGUACUCUAUCCACAUUCCUCAUUCAACCUCUGUUAGUGACUCUCCAGGUCAGUAUUGGGCUGGAAGCAGAAAUAAUCUUACAACCCCUGCUUACCCAGGACCUGCCCGGUGCAGUAUUCUGAAACCAGCCACACCACUGGAUACAGCAAGGAUUUUCUUUAAUUUUUUUUUCCCCUUUUUCCUCUUUAUGGAGCCCUCUUUUGGAAACACCAACCGGAUGUAUUAAGCUUAUCUCACUGUGAGAACCACUGCGCUCACAUUGGACUGCCGGCGGUUUACAAUCCUUCAAUAUAUUCGUGUGCCUGUCAUGGCUAUUUUCUGCUCUGUAAGUUUCCCAGCGCACUACAGUGAGCUAAACACUGGAGAAUGGGUGCGCUUUCACACCUGAGUCACAGAGUACCCGUGGAGAAGCCAGCUUGUCCUGCCACUGUGGGCUCCUGGCUGUUGUCAGCUGAUGACAUGACUGGUAUCCAGCCCAGAACAUAGAGUUCAGCCAAUGCUCAAGCAAAGCACUUACUCACUAGCCCCUUUUCUUAAAGGUUUCAUUAUUUUAAAUAUUCUUUGGAUGUUAUUUUUGGGAUAAGUGGGGAAAAAAUGUUUGUGUUUAUUUUUGUCUGGAGUUUCGUUUCCUUAUCGGCUUACCUCUCACAGUUGUGACUUUGUGUCUUAUUGAUAAAGUAGGUUCAGGUUCACAAUUAUAAAUCCAAUCAAGUUUGCACUUAGGGGCCAAUUCAGGGUGUUUUGCACACCCUCACUUAUGAAUUUUUCAGCUUUUGGGAUUCAGAUUUAGCUUAUGCAACUCCUUUCUCCUUUAAGUGGGAAACACAAAAUUGCCCAAGGUAAAUAAACGUAAACUGCCCUGAAAAGCAACACCUCCCUACCUGGAAUCUGGUGGUCAAUUUUAUAACGGACGUUUUAGUCCUCAUUGCAGAGUGCAGAUGCAAGACACUCUCUGAAGUCAUGAAAACUUAACAAAUAACUCUGAGAAAACAGAGCAGUUCUAGAAGAAGAUCAGCCUUUUCAGUACUUCAGCAUA